UAGCUGGAUUACUUACAUUUGUGUAAAUAAGUAAUAAAUGACUCAUAGUUUUCUCAUCAAGUGGCUCAAAUUCAGCAGAGGAUCGAGGGUGAUGCAGUUUCUCAAUCAGCAAGAGGAGGAAUGGGCCCGAAAUAUAUGGUCUGCUGCUUACUUGUACUCUGCUCAUUUUCUCAGUCUAAGCUUAUGAAUCAAAGAGGAGCUGAACUCGUUGACCACGGCUAUAAUUCAGAUGAAUGUUACAGGGAGAGAAACUGGCCCCUCUGCAGAAAUGAUGAGUGGGGCCCUAGAUGCCCUUCAGGAUGUAGGAUACAGGCACUCUUAGACCAAGCUGAUCAGCAACUGGAAUCCAAGAUUAACAAAAUCCAGAAGUUUUUAGUGGACCGCCGUAAGGAUUAUCAUUCUACAGAUGAGGUCACCAAGCAAACCUAUGACUUCCUGAGAGAGAGGCUUCUCGCUUACUCAGCUAAUAAUGACAGGUACAUGCACCUAGCUGGGCACCUACGUCAGAGAAUUGACACCAUCAAGAGACAAGUUGACCAGCAGUAUAGCCUCCUCCAAGCAAUGAACAGUCUGGUUCAAGACCAAGUUGAAGAAACACAACGAUUAGAGGUCGACGCUGAGAUCAAACUUCGCUCUUGCAAAGGCUCCUGCGCCAGCACCGUCGACUUCUCUAUGGACAGGGAGAGCUACAGAACUCUGGGAAAGCAUCUGGCUCAGCCCAGCCUCGCCGGCCAGGGCAAAGGGCCUGCAGGCCCACUGAGAGUCCUGAGGAGCAGGCCUGUCACUGACACCGUUGCUCCCAGCAUGCCCAAAGCCGGUGUAGCAGCAGGAGGCAGUCAGCAGCAGGGUUUCUUCACUGGUGUCAGACAGCUUCAGUUAUUUCUGGAGACUGUCGAUAACCAUUCAAUAUCUUCUGCGACUGGGGCCACUGCUGCAUGCACAGACUGUACUGCUGAGGGCCAGGACCUAGAGGCACGUGAAACAUCACCCCAGGUCAAGCUGAAGCUCGCUGUAGACAGUCCUCUGGAAAAGGUAGCGGAGAAUGGGGGCGGGGCCAACAGCGCAGGUCUCGGGGACACCUCCAAAAAGAGGAAAGACACCACUGCGGAGGGUGAGAGACUCAGAGUGACAGCUGACACUUUCGGUUUGAGUGGUUACCAUGCAGAUCUUGACGAAGAGGCCUACAUUAGGGAAUAUCUCGGCAUAAUAAGACGGCAGGCACAGCAGAGGGGCACACCAAGCCGUGAAUGAUUCAGUGUGUCUGAAUUUUUUUUUCAUUAAAUGAAUCAGAACAUAGCAAUCUAAAUAAAAUAAUUAAAUUAUAAAUAAAUUCCAUAUCCACAAAUGAAAAGCAUUAAAAAAUAACACACCAGCGCAUACAUUUAUCCAGUCAUUUCCCAUACAUAAAGAACAAGUGAUAGGAUAUAUACACAAUGAACACACAAUAUACAAUAAACAUAAUAUACACACAGUCUACAAUAUACACAAUAUACACGUUCAUGCAACCCCUAGCAAGCCAUAUCCCCUGGCUAUCAAUAUACCUCACUACACCAGGUAGUUAAUAAAAGCAUUCUUUGAGGGCACUUUUGCAACUUCUGCAGGUACAUCAUGAAAAUAAUCAUACAGGUUACUGUUCUACAUAGCACUUGUUCAGUUUUACAUAGUAGCUGUGCUAUAGGCAUGCAUAUUUGCUGUAACUGAUGCACCUGUAUCUUUCCUGCCUAUGCCCAUGUUUCAGCUUGGCCCACAUCAUUCUUCAUCGCCAGAAUAAUGUAAUGAGAGUAGAAUGCCAGUCUUUGGUGCAAAUGUCUGACAGUGAAUGCUCUCACAAGAGGGUAAACAUAUGCAACGUUAGUUUAGGUGCUUCCUAAUGGUAGAUAAGAGGACUCUCAGGCUGGGGUCCACCUGGGGAGAUUAUACGUCUCACUGAAUCUUGUGGUCAUCUGAGAUGGUCUUUGUAUCUGUUUAUUUAGACCAUGGAUUAAAGAUCUAUGAUUAUAGGAAUAUAAAACAAUGAAGCUACAAACAACUUGUAAAUAAAGUGUUCUCUUGAUCUUUUGUAUUGA